CGUUCAUGGCUUUAUCGAAUAUAAAGUAGAUCGAAAUGUCAUUUCGUUUUAUACAUUUGUACGAUUCCUUUGAAGUCAAGUGUUAAUUUCAUUUUAUUUUAUCAUAACUAAAGAUAUAACGCUUUUAAUUGUUAGAAGACGCGCGUAAUCUUUAUUAAAAUUUUUAUUUCUUAUUAAAGUUUUAUUGCAGUAUUGUCUCAUCUUGUAUUAAAGUUGUGAUAACACGGGGUGAGGAUCAAAUUAUAUAAAUGAAACGGUUGUUCAUUUUAUGGCGUACUUUGGUAAGAUAGACAAAAGUCUGUUCAAUAUAUAUCAAAAUCAUUUUCUCGUAAUCGUUCUAUCAUUGUUGGAAAUCUAAACGUUUAAACGAGUCAAAGUUCUACUAAGUAAAAAAAAUUCAAACAAUGUAGUUGUAUUGUAUGGAACGUGAGACAAUAGGAAAAAUGUAAAAUCAAAAAUAAGUGAUCGUACAAGUGGUCUGAAAUUAAAAUAGACUAAGAAGUGUUUGAUAAAUUGGAAAUAAAUAGUAAGUGGCCGGUGUGAAUAAUAACGUAGUGUCCACGUUAGACAGUAUGGAAAAUUACCCAGGCGCAGGUCGAGGAUAGGCAAUGGGACGAGACGGCGUUCAAGUGGUACUACGAGAUUAGAAACGUUAUAUUCACCGAGGGAGGUUAUAUUCUCUCGCCGAAGUGUAGUAACGUCCGAGCGCCGACAGAUGGCAAGGAGAUGUUCAUCGGGCCUCUGUGAUUGGUCUGCCGUUGUCACGUGGGACGAUCAUGGUACACGCCGGCAGCGCCAAGUGUAUUUGGCGGGACCGCGUUUAGACGGCGUCGUCUGUGCUUCUGGCAAGUCUGUCGUGUAGUGAACCGCAAAGGCUCUUGUCGGAUAAUGGCUGGCGGAAAGGCGGGCAAGGACUCUGGUAAAGCGAAGGCGAAGGCGGUCUCUCGUUCAGCGAGGGCCGGCUUACAGUUCCCGGUCGGUAGAAUUCAUAGGCAUUUGAAAAACAGAACUACGAGUCAUGGUCGAGUUGGUGCCACAGCAGCGGUGUACAGUGCAGCUAUCUUGGAAUACCUUACUGCCGAGGUACUUGAAUUGGCAGGGAAUGCAUCGAAAGAUUUAAAGGUCAAACGUAUUACACCAAGACAUCUUCAGCUCGCUAUUCGUGGAGAUGAAGAAUUAGAUAGUCUCAUUAAAGCAACUAUUGCUGGAGGAGGUGUUAUUCCACAUAUCCAUAAGUCAUUGAUUGGCAAGAAAGGUUCACAAAAACCAGCAUAAUUUAGUGUCACAUUUAAGAACAUUUGAAGCUACGUAGAUGAGACAGAUGCGAGGCAGAGUGAUUGUUGACAAAGUGUACCUACGUUACUAAAUUGAUGGCGAGACUGGGGAGUGAUAUA